CCUCUCUUUUCUUCUGUCACACGCGGGUUCAUCACGUCAGCUGCAGCAGAGACUGAGUCCACGACACAGAGUCAGAGCAGAAUGUCUCGGUUCCUGAACUUAGAGGAGUUUGGAGACGCCGCUCGCUUCCUCCGUCUCACCAACCUGGAGCAGCUGGCAGCAAAGGCCCAGGCUUUUGAUGGUACGAAGCGAGUUUGGAUGCCCGACGAAAAUGAAGCGUAUAUUGACGUCGAGGUCAAAGAAGUGAACGGAGACAAAGCUACUGUGGAGACAAAGGACGGACGGUUUUUGAUUGUGAAAAAUGACGAACUGCAGCCCAUGAACCCUGCCAAGUUUGACAUGUUGGAGGACAUGUCCAUGUUGACCAACCUGAACGAAGCGUCUGUGCUCUUCAACCUGAGGAGAAGAUACAGCAUGUGGAUGAUUUACACCUACUCUGGUCUCUUCUGCGUGUCAGUAAAUCCGUACAAGUGGGUGCCGGUUUACACUCCUAGGGUGGUCGCGGCCUAUAAGGGGCGUCGUCGUACAGAGACUCCGCCCCACAUCUAUGCCGUCGCAGACAACGCCUACGCUGACCUGCUGCAGAAUCGUGAGAACCAGUCCAUGCUCAUCACUGGUGAGUCUGGUGCUGGAAAAACGGUCAACACUAAGAGAGUGAUUCAGUACUUUGCCAUCGUCGCUGCUCUGGGGGAACACGUGAAAAAAGGAGGCUCUUUGGAGGACCAGAUCAUUGAAGCUAAUCCAGCCAUGGAGGCGUUUGGCAACGCCAAAACCCUCCGCAAUGACAACUCCUCCCGCUUUGGAAAGUUCAUCAGGAUUCACUUUGGGACGACAGGAAGGCUGGCGUCUGCCGACAUCGACAUCUAUCUUCUAGAAAAGUCCAGAGUUGUUUUCCAGCAGCCGGGAGAGAGAAGUUACCACAUCUACUACCAGAUUCUGUCCAGUCACAAGCCAGAACUGCAGGACAUGCUGCUGGUCUCCACAAACCCGUACGACUACCACUUCUGCUCUCAGGGCGUGACUACAGUGGACAGCAUCAACGACGGGGAGGAGCUAAAACUGACUGAUCACGCCAUGGACACACUGGGCUUCACUCCAGAGGAAAAGUACGGCUGUUAUAAGAUCGUCGGAGCCAUCAUGCAUUUUGGAAACAUGAAGUUCAAGAAGAAACAGAGAGAAGAACAGGCCGAGGCCGACGGCACCGAGAGUGUGGAUAAAUCAGCUUAUCUGAUGGGCAUCAGUGCUGCUGACCUGCUCAAAGGCCUCCUGAACCCCCGCGUCAAAGUUGGAAAUGAGUUUAUUGUGAAAGGACAGACGGUUGAACAGGUUAACUUUGCAGUCGCAGCUCUGGCUAAAUCCACCUACGACCGCAUGUUUAAGUGGCUCGUGAAUCGCAUCAACCUGUCGCUGUACACGGCUCAGCCUCGGCAGUACUUCAUCGGCGUCCUGGACAUCGCCGGCUUCGAGGUCUUUGAGUUCAAUAACUUUGAGCAGCUUUGCAUCAACUUCACCAACGAGAAGCUGCAGCAGUUUUUCAACCAUCACAUGUUCAUCCUGGAGCAGGAGGAAUACAAGCUGGAGGGCAUCGAGUGGACCUUCAUCGACUUUGGUCUGGACCUGCAGGCCUGCAUCAACCUCAUAGAGAGGCCCAUGGGUAUUCUGUCUAUCAUGGAGGAGGAGUGUAUGUUCCCCAAAUCCACCGACCAGAGCUUCAAAACCAAACUCUACGACAACCACUUUGGGAAGUCGCCAAACUUCCAGAGGCCAAGGCUCGACAAGAAACGCAAAUAUGAGACGCACUUCGAGGUGGUUCACUACGCCGGAGUGGUUCCGUACAACAUCACCGGCUGGCUGGACAAAAACCGAGAUCCUCUGAAUGAGACGGUGGUCGUGCUGUUCAAGAAAUCCUCCAACAAACUGAUGGCGGCGCUGUUUGAGAACUACAUCAGCUCUGAGAUGGCCAGCGACCCGAAGGCGGAGACCAAACACAGGAAGAGGAAAGCUGCUUCCUUCCAGACGGUUUCACAGCUGCACAAGGAGAACCUCAACAAGAUGAUGGCUAAUCUGCGCAGCACUCAACCUCACUUUGUCCGCUGCAUCAUCCCCAACGAGACCAAGAGUCCAGGUCUGAUUGAUUCCUUCAUGGUUCUCCAGCAGCUGAGGUGUAACGGGGUCCUGGAGGGGAUCAGGAUUUGCAGGAAGGGUUUUCCAAACCGGAUCCUGUACGCCGAGUUCAAACAGCGUUAUCGCAUCUUGAAUCCGGCUGCGAUCCCUGAGGUCUCGUUCGUGGACAGCAGGAAGGCCGUGGAGAAGCUGCUGGGUUCUCUGAACCUCGACCACACGCAGUACAAGUUUGGACACACUAAAGUUUUCUUUAAGGCGGGACUGUUGGGUCAAUUAGAGGACAUGAGGGACACACGUCUGUCUGAGAUCCUCACUGUGGUCCAGGCCAUGUGCAGAGGGAAGCUAAUGAGGGACCAGAAGGAGAGGAGGACGCUGGAAAGAGACGCCGCGCUGGUGAUCCAGUUCAACCUCAGAGCUUACGUCUCGGUGCGGACUUGGCCGUGGAUGAUGUUGUUCUAUAAGCUCCGCCCCCUGCUCAGGAGUGCUCAGGUGGAGAAAGAACUUGCCGCUCUGAACGAAGACUUCAAGAAACUAAAGGAGGCGUUUGACAGAUCGGAGGGGAAGCGUCGGGAGGCCGAGGAGAAGCAGGUGGUUCUGGUUCAGGAGAAAAACGACCUGACUCUGCAGCUCCACGCUGAGCAGGACAACCUGGCGGACGCUGAAGACCGCUGCAAUCAGCUGAUUCAGUCCAAAAUCUCUCUGGAGUCGAAGGUGAAGGAGAUGCAGGAGCGUCUGGAGGACGAGGAGGAGUUGACCGCCAACCUGAUGACCAAGAAACGUCAGCUGGACGAGGAAGUGAUAGCGCUGAAGAAAGACGUGGACGAUCUGGAGACGACCUUGGCCAAAGUGGAGAAGGAGAGACAUGGAGUGGAGAACAAGGUGAAGAACCUUUCCCAGGAGAUGUGUGUUCUGGACGACUCCAUCGCGUCUCUGAACAGAGAGAAAGCUGCUCUGCAGGAGGCUCAUCAGCAGGCUCUGCACGACCUUCAGGCUCAGGAGGACAAGGUCAACAUGUUGGCCAAAGCAAAAGCUCGUCUCGAGCAGCAAGUGGACAACGUGGAAGGUUCUUUGGAGCAAGAGAAGAAGGUGCGGAUGGAAUUGGAGCGAACCAAACGGAAGCUAGAGGGGGACCUGAAGUUGUCCAUGGAUUCAGUGAGGGAGCUGGAGAGCCAGAAGGAAGAUCUGGAAGACAGACUGAAAAAAAAAGACCUGGAGUCGAUUCAACUUCAGUCUAAAGUGGAGGACGAGCAGAACGUGAUCACUCACCUUCAGAAGAAGAUCAAAGAACUUCAGACUCGAGUCGAGGAGCUGGAGGAGGCGCUGGAGGCAGAGCGGGCGUGGCGCUACAAAGCCGAGCGUCAGAGGAACGACAUCGCCAGAGAACUGGAGGAGCUCGGAGAGAAACUGGAGGAAGCGGGCGGAGCCUCUGCUGCUCAGAUCGCCCUCAACAGGAAGCGAGAGGCAGACUUCCUGAAGAUUCGUCGGGAGCUGGAGGAGGCGGGGCUUCACCACGAGGCGACGGCUGCCACUCUGAGGAAGAAGCACUCGGACAUGAUGGUCGAGCUUGGCGAGCAGAUCGACAGCCUGCAGAGAACCAAACAGAAACUGGAGAAGGAGAAGACGGAAUUCAGGCUGGAGGCCGAUGACAUGGCCAGCAACGUAGAGCAGCUGUCCAGAGCCAAGGGAGCUGUGGAGAAGAUGUGCAGGGUCUAUGAGGACCAGCUGAACGAGAGCAGGAGCAAAGCUGAGGAGCUGCAGAGGAAACUGACUGAAGUGUCUGCACAGAAAGCACGAGCGGUGACAGAAUGUGCUGAGUUCCAUCGCCGCCUAGAGGAGCGAGACACUAUGAUUGGUCAGCUGCAGCGCUCAAAGGCGGGCGUCAGCCAGAACUCUGAGGAUCUGAAGAAGCAGCUGGAGGAGGAGCACAAAGCUCGCACGUCGCUGGCUCACGCCGUGCAGGCUUCUUAUCACGACUGCGGUCUGCUCAGAGAGCAACUGGAGGGGGAGCAGGAGGCCAAGGCUGAACUGCAGAGGGCGCUGUCCAACACCAACAGUCAGGUGGUUCAGUGGAGAGCCAAGUACGAGAGUGAGGCCGUGCUGAAGGUCGAGGAGCUGGAGGAGGCAAAGAAGAAGUUGGUUGUUAAGCUGCAGACGAUUGAAGAAGCCAAAGAAGCCUCUCAGGCCAAAUGUUCUUCACUUGAGAAAACCAAACUACGUCUCCAGGUGGAGAUUGAAGACCUGGUGGUUGAGCUGGAACGAGCCAACUCUGCCGCUCUGGCUCUGGACAAGAAGCAACGCAACUUUGACAAGCUGCUGAGUGACUGGAAGUUGAAGUUUGAAGACAGUCAGACGGAUCUGGAGGCGGCACAGAGAGAAUCUCGCAGUCUGAGCACCGAACUCUUCAAACUCAAGAACUGUUACGAAGAAGCUCUGGACCAUCUGGAGACGGUGAAACGAGAAAACAAGAACCUUCAAGAGGAGAUCCUGGACCUGACAGACCAGAUUGGACAUGGAGGGAAGACCAUCCAUGAGCUGGAGAGGAUGAAGAAGGUCCUGGAUGUGGAGAGGAGUGACAUCAAAGCAGCUCUGGAGGAGGCCGAGGGAAGUCUGGAGCUUGAGGAGAGCAAGACCCUGAAGUUCCAGAUGGAGCUGCAGCAGGUCCGGACCGAGAUCGAGCGAAAGAUCUCAGAGAAGGACGAGGAAAUCGACAACCUCAGGCGGAGCCACCAGCGCUCUGCGGAGGCCAUGCAGACGAGUCUGGAGGCGGAGGGGCGGAGUCGCAGCGAGGCGGUUCGUCUGAAGAAGAAGAUGGAGUGCGACCUGAACGAGAUGGAGGUUCAGCUGGGACACGCUAACCGUCAGUCGGUGGAGAGUCAGCGGAUCAUCCGACACCUGCAGACACAGGUGAGAGAGCAGCAGGUGGACCUGGAGGACAGAGUCCAGCUGUCCAAUCAGCUGAGAGAACAGAUCGCGCUAUUGGAGCGGCGCUGUUCGCUGAUGGCUGGUGAGGGGGAGGAGCUAAGAGAGAUUGUGGAACAAACUGACCGCGCCCGCAAGAUGGCGGAGCACGAGCUGGUGGAGGCGGCGGAGAAAGUUAACAUGCUCUCGACACAGAAUUGCGGUCUGUUAAACCACAAGAAGAAGAUGGAGGUGGACCUGACGGUGCUGACGGUGGAGGUGGACGAGGCCGUGCAGGAGAGUCGCAGCGCAGAGGACAAAGCUAAGAAGGCCAUGACUGAUGCGGCGCUGAUGGCCGAGGAGCUGAAGAAGGAGCAGGACACCAGCAGCCUGUUGGAGAGGAUGAAGAAGAACAUGGAGUCCACGGCCAAAGAGCUGCAGGUGAAACUGGACGAGACGGAGCAGCUGGCGCUGAAGGGUGGGAAAAAGCAGCUUCAUAAACUGGAGACGAGAGUGAGGGAGCUGCAGACGGAGCUGAUGGUGGAGCAGAAGAAGAACGAGGAUUAUCACAAAGGCGUGCGUCGCUACGAGAGGAAAGUCAAAGAGCUAACGUACCAGUCGGACGAGGACAAGAAGACUCUGCUCCGGAUGCAGGAGCUGAUCGACAAACUCCAGACCAAACUCAAGAGCUACAAGAGACAAGCGGAGAACGCUGAGGAGCAGGUGAGCUGCAGCACCGUGCGUUACAGGAAAGUUCAACACGAGCUGGACGACGCAGAGGAGCGGGCGGACAUCGCCGAGACGACUGUCAACAAAAUACGCAUCCGAACUCGCCAACAGAGCAGCAAGGUCGCCAUGAUCGUUGAGUGACGCUCUCUGGCGCCGCCGUGGGGCGUCUCUGACGUUUGGCGUCCGUGUGUUUUUUUCUGAUGUGUAUUUUUCCACGGAAACAGGAAGUGACGAGAGGAGCGAGUACGACGAAGAGUCCAAGUCAUGGUUUUAUGAAGAAAGACGGAGGAAACGACAGCGAUCGCACAAAAUUAUUCCGAUGAUGAUCGGAAGAUCGAACUUUUUUUACGAUCUUAUAGACGACUUAGAUCAUUCAUAACUUCCUUUCUUUAGGUCACUUUUAACUCUUUGGAUACGUAGUACUCUUUUGUACGGAAGCGUAUUGGAUUUUUUAAAAAGGUUCUGUUUUUACGAGAUGGUUUUUUUGCUGGUUUCUGUAGACGAGAAGCUCCAGAAGGAUCAUGUUGCCCUCCUUUUUAACGACAUCACCAGUCUGUCUGCAUUUACGUGCAUCAUUUUAUAUCCAUGAAGCAAAGUCCUGAGGUUCCUGCGAUAAGUCGACAAACUAAUGAAAAGUCCGUCAACAUCACUCAAGGACAGAAUCUCCCAACGUCUCAAACCCAAAGCAAAGUAAAACGACCGAUCAGGAGGUGAAGCUUCUCCGCUUCCAUCUCAUUCACUCAGAAAGUCAAGUUCAAUCCCAAAUAAAGAAUCUCGCAAAAACAGACCCAAAAAAACUCCUUAAGACAGACUCUGAAUUUUUUUUUUAAAUCUCGAAAAAAAAAAUCUGGUAAAAACAGAGCCUUUUUAAAAUGAAUUUCUGCUGAAUGAAAACACUUCCGUACUUUUGACUCUUCGAUAACCUUUAGUUAACGUUGUUUUAAUUACAUUUAGCUACGUAUUGACUUUGUUUUGUUUAGCUAAACUUCUAACUAUCUUUGGCUAACUUCCUGUACGUUGCUGUGUUAGCACCAACCUCAUGAACACAUGUGGUUGAGGGGGCGGGGCAUUUAUUCAUCGUGUGCAGUGUUACCACAUAUACUGUAGGUGCUGUUAGUUUUCAGCUUCACUGCGUGAAAAGUGAAUAAAGCCUCAUGUCAGAGGAGGAGGAGACCAAACACUGAGAUAAAAGAGAGGAAACAAACUCCUGACAUGUCCUGUUGACGCAUGACGACUAAACAGUAAACAGCUGAUCUGAAUAUUUAUGUGUUUUAAGAUAAGAUAGUCCUUCAUUAGUCCUUCAGUGGGGAAAUUGAAAUAUUAUGUGUUGUAAAGAAAAAAUAAAUGACUAAAAAAACA